AUGGCUUGGUCUAGGAGCCUUGCUGUCGGUGGAGUAUUUGGUGCUGCGCUAAUUGCUCUUAUUGCCGGCUUCGUUCUCACCGAUAUCAGGAGCUCCAAAUCCACCCUUUAUUGUGUCACCAGCCCAACAUCAUAUAACAUCAUAACCCUCAAUACCUCGCAUCCUACAGCAAAAUGCUUCCGUGUUGAAAACGGGCUAUUCACCGAAGUUCUGACUGACUUUCCAGCCCCCUUUGCCAACGAGAUUACGUACCUGGACGGACAUAUCCUUCCUGGGAUUAUCGAGUCACAUGGUCAUAUUCUGCAGUAUGGCGAGAUGCUGGAAUCAGUGUCCUUGUAUGAAGCUGAAAGUGUGGAGGAAGUGAGAGCAAGGAUCAAGGAGUUCUUGAGAAAGCAUGCUGGUGAGGGUUAUGGCACACGUGACAAAUGGGUGAGAGGCAUUGGGUGGGACCAGAAAUACUUUGGGGGUGUGAUGCCAACUGCUAAAGAACUUGCAGCAGAUCCAGAACUUACAGAUCUCUACAUCAUGCUUGACCGAGUCGACGUGCAUUGCGUACUCACAUCCCAGAACGUCCUUGACCUCCUUCCCAAUCCGCUGCCACAAGCACCUCCUGGAGGAUUUAUUGUCACCGAUCCGGCCCCUGGUGUUUUCUGCGACAAUGCCAUGGAUGCCAUAAUCUUCCCAGUCGCGCCCAAACCAGACGUAGCACAAAAGACGAGAUGGUUCAAAACAGCCAUGGCCGAGCUAAACAAAGUCGGGAUAGUGGGAGCCGGAGAUGCGGGUAUGCGACCAGAAGAUAUUGCAAUCUUAGAGAACAUCGCGGAAAGUGGUGAGCUGACAAUGAGAGUCAACGUCAUGCUUGAAUGUGCGGAGAGGAACACCUUUUGCCCAGAGGAAACAAAGAUCCUAAAAUUACUCGACGAGCCAAAGAGCUUAGGUGGAAAUAUGUUGAUGCUUGGAGGAGUGAAGCUGUUCGCAGACGGAGCGCUUGGUUCCUGGGGUGCGGCGUUGCUUCAACCCUAUUCGGAUAAGCCUGACACGAGUGGCACGAUGCUGAUCAACGAGACGGAUUUGACAGAUGUGGUGAAGCAUUGGUAUGGUGCCGGAUUUCAAGUAAAUAUACAUGCUAUUGGCGACCGCGCAAAUCGAGCUGCGGUGGAUGCUUUUGAAAAGGUUCUCGGGUCGAAUUGCAACGGUUGCAAUCAAGAAAGGAGGCUUCGAAUUGAGCAUGCCCAGAUCAUUAACCCUAAGGACCAAAUGCGUAUGGCAAAGUUGGGUAUCAUCCCCAGCAUCCAACCAACUCACGCAACUUCCGACAUGGCCUACGCUCUCGCACGUCUCGGAGAAGAGCGGCUAGCAAAGUCUGCUUAUCGCAUGCGCUCUCUCUUUCCGCCUCCUUCCUAUCCCUAUCCGUACCCAGGGCCAGUCCUUGGUUCGGACUUUCCUGUCGAGCCCCCUUCUCCGUUCGCUGGAAUGCGUUCUCCAGCUGGAGAAGGAGGAUGGUUUCCCGAUGAGAAGUUAUCUGUAGAACAAGCAUUGCGAGGCUUCACGACCAACGGUGCAUAUGGGUGGCUAAAGGAGGAUGUUACUGGGGCGAUUGAAGUAGGGAAGUGGGCGGACUGGGUGGUUGUUGAUAGAGAUAUAUUUGUGGACGAGAGUGGCAAGAGUCUGAGGGACGUUGAGGUUCGCAGCACCUGGGUAGCGGGCAAGAAUGUCUUCUCGUCGAAGCAGACCAGCGACCGCGACCAACCUGGAUUUCUUGACCGUCUUGAGAAGUUCACGGGCUCGAGAGCGGCAUGUGGUUGGCCGAUUAUUGGAGCUCGUGAGUGA